AUGUUUCCUUUUCCAGCUUUUUAUCAAGCCAUCUCUGGCGCGCUCCUGCAUUCGGCAGCCCUCAUUGGCUCAUCAAAUUUUGAUUCGUCACCCGCAGAAUUUCAACCUUGGACUAAAUCCCACACAUCAUUCGGAGACCAAAUCGAACUGUUCAAGGCUGUCUCCUUUGGCAGCCUGUGCAUAUUUGGUACCUAUCUGAUGCUUCGCCAGAGAGCCGCAACAUUAUUUGCAACACCAUAUUGUCGCCCUGAUGUCUACCCAACAGGCUCCAAAUGGCACUGCAGGGAAAGAACUAGUUUUCAGCUCGGAAUUUCUUUUUCCAGCCUUGCGACUUGCAGGCCAAAAAGGAAGGAUUGCAUCAAACAGCUCAUAAUCCCACCAAUUAGGGCCUUGUGGCUGCAGCAGAUAGGUCGAAUACGCCAACAAAUACGGCGCCAUGAAACAGGAUCAAAUCGGAUGAUAAAAGCCGUCCCGCUUUCCCUCCCACUUGUUAUUAAUACACCUCAUCCUUCUUACCAACUUGCUCAACCGCUAGGAUGUCCAAGGACCAAAAGCCCUCUGGUUUCGAGUGGUAGCGGGCAAUUAUCACCAACUCUUACGGCUCAAACGCCUUCCAGAACAUCUGUGGCGAUCGGGGGUCGAGCGCCAUCCAUACUGUCUUUGAAGGACAUGGCCAUCUCUUCCCAAAAGGCUCGCUCUCAGGUGCUGCAGCCGACUGCUCUUAGUCCACCUGAAGAGCCCUCAAGAAUUUGCGAAUGUUGCGACACUGCUGAGGGAUGCAUAUGGAACUGCUCCUACUGCGACAUGAACUUUUGCGACCUCUGCUGGGGACGACAAGGACCACAUAAGCCCGGUCGGACUGGGCCAGACGGUCUGCCGCACGAAAAAGCAGACCCAAAUAUCGUCAAAAGGUUGAAAAAUAUUUUGACCCCGCCGACUGACACCUUUGAACAGCAGUCGCUGCAUUUGGAUGAUGAAGACACUACCUGGUUCGGAAUCGCACGGGACAACAAUAAUCAAUCAGUCUUUCAAGACUACGGACGCUAUGCUACAAUCAUGAUAGAUAGCACAACAGGUGCUCACAAACUCCGAUAUCCCCAGCUUAUCUCUUUCAUUGGGCAAACGGGGGCUGGCAAAAGCACUUUGGUCAAGAUGCUGAUCGACCAGCAAGUGCGCAAAAAGCCCGCUCAUGAAUCCUCUCAUUUCGCUUCCCCGGUGGUUGGUUCGUUACGCAAUGAAAACGUACCAACCUCUGGUGAUGUUCAUCUAUAUGGCGACCCUAACACGUAUUUCGGCGAAUAUCCCUUGCUUUAUGCCGACUGCGAAGGUCUCGAAGGUGGCGAGAACUUACCCGUGAGUGCGCAAUAUUGCAACUCGAGUUUCUUGCCAAAGGACAAGGAUAAGGACAAGCGUUAUGCUCAACAUGAACAUCAUCGCAAGCGGCAUAAAAUCACCAAAGUAGCCCGUGGGGCUCCCCGAAGCAUCAAGUGGGCCAAUUCUCCCGAAAAGUCAAAACGUCAGUACGCUGUUACUGAGCUAUACCCACGACUACUGUAUACCUUCUCCGAUGUGAUCGUGUUUGUCCUCCGGAAUCCCAAGGUCUUCGAGUCAACGGUGCUUUCGAAACUCAUUGGCUGGGCUUCGACAUCGAUGGAGAAGUCACUCAACCAGCCGACCCUUCCACACGCUGUAAUUGCUCUUAACGCCACGGAUAUGGAAGUGCAACAGGAAGAAUGGGAUCCUGAACAAGCGACCAAAAUGCUCCUGUCAACAGUCGCGGGUGCCAUCGACAGAGACUCCGACUACCGGGCUCUAGCUGACUACUGGAGUGGACGAGGGAGACAUAUUCGAACCAUGGGCGGCCUUCUUGAAUGUUACUAUUCUUCCAUCACAGUCGUCCGCAUUCCUGUAAAGGGUCGUUACAUGAAGAUUGAUUCCCAAAUCAAGAAGCUGCACAAGGUGCUUAUGGACAAAUCUGAGGAGGGGACAUAUGGCAAACGACUCGACAAGGGAUCGAGAUCCAAACAAGGUGGAAUGAGUGUAUUUGCAGUACAUGGGUAUGAUAUCGCCUUUGACGAAGUGAAUACUGAAGCAAAGCUGUACAAAGAGAAAUAA